CACCAGGGAAGUUCCCCCUGUAUUCUUUUUAACCUGAAAUCUGUGUUGGCUUUGGGGUGAUGGGGGAGCUUCCCCUGUCCUACUGAUCUGUUGUUGUUUUAGUCUCUGUAGAUUGUUAUGUAGACCCAGGCUUUAGGCUCUGCAUUUCAGCUUAACCCAGCAAAUGUUGACUGAGUCUUUACAGUGUAUAAGGUUACAGGAGAUAAAAAUUUGGGAAGAAAAAACCCAAUGCACCACUGUUUCUGAGGAGUUCAUGAACUGGGAGUGGGAAGGUAAGACACAUCUAAAAUUAAUGAUUAUUCAAGCGAGAUUAAGAAGAGGGCCCUGGGAGAAGUCCGCCCCACCCUGUUAGAGAAGGGAGGUAUUCCAUCUCAUUGGACAACUGGGGUGAGGGAAUAUAGAAAGGUGUUAAAGAGUGGUUGCUUUUGUCAGCACCUUAAGGCCUGGCUGAGAUAGACAUUCCCAGGAAAAGUGAAAGGCCUGAGUAGAGGAAGCGGAGGUGGAAGGACAUGGUGUAUGUUUGGGGUUUGGCUGAAACAAUGGGCUCAUGUAAUAGUGGUCAUAGCUAGCACAUUAUGGAGUGUAUCAGGUGCGAGGCAUGGUUCUAAGACCUUUAUCUAUAUUAGCUCAUUUUAUCCCUGCAGUGAUCCAAGUGAGGUCUUUUAUAAUUGUCUCCAUUUUACAAAUGAAGAAAUAGACAUAAAACAAUUUAUUAUCUGUCCAAGACCAUAGUGCUGUACAGCUAAGAUCAGACCCAGCUGGUCUGGCUCCAGAGUAUCUGCUUCUAACCACCAAGCUGUCCUGCCUCCAAUAUAGGGGAAGAACAGGCACUAGAACCAGAAAGGUGGGUAGACAUCCUAUCGUAGAGGCUUGGGGUACCAGUGUUUAGAGGUGCAGAGGUGGAAGAGGGGGCCAGAGACGGAGAUGAGAGGGAUCGCAGUGGUGGGUAUGGGGGAGUUUGUGAGAGCUGUGAGGGGCCACAGGAAGAAGGAGUUUCAAAAAGGGGGUUUGUCAGCAAGGCCCAGCACUGCAGAGAGUUCCAGGAGGUGAGAUCUGAGAGCAGGUCUGAGCCAGCGAAAGCUGAGAGGGCCUGGGAGAGAGGGGUUGGUCAGGCUGCAGACACAAAGGGCAAUGGAAGGGUUCUGCAGGGUUCUGACUGCGGUGCUGCUCACUCCAGGAUGCUGUGUAUUUUGAAGAUGGUGAAGCAGGUGCAGACAUUGGCUAUGAUUGUCUGUGUCCUCUUGUCAGUAGAAAGACGAGAGCAUGACAGAGAAGGGCAGGUGAGAGCUGGCACCGCUAAUUUGGCAAACUCAGUGGCUUUUCUGCAGCCUAAUGAUUUCUGAAAGCUAUUUGCUAUGCUCAGGCACAAGUGUGACUGCCUCAUCUGAAUGCUGUAGCAAUCACUGUUUUUCCUGGAAAAUUGGGCCCAUGUAGGCUCUGUGUGUCGUUUAUUUGAGUUCCAUUUUUAUAGCCUUAUUACCUUGUCCUCAUGGUGCAAGAGGCCUCUCUUUUCUGGAGCUUUGCUGUGAAAAUUGUUUCUUAAAAGGCACAAAGUGAUCUCUCAUCAUUGGGGUUGUGCUCUCUCCAGAGCAGUGCUUUUCUGCAGACUUUUCAUCACCCCUGACACCAGUUGUCAUGUUUUUCUGAUCAUUUGCAAUUUACUGAGAACUUUUAGGCUGCUCUUGAAUUUCACUACCUAGGUGUUUGCCACAAUUUCUUCUAGAAGAGUUUGUGCAUGUAAAUAAUCCAUUCAGUUUCUUCCUCUCUGAUAGGUGUCCCUACCAGUGACUUUGCCAGCACCUGACACCCAGUCUUGUCCUCUGGCCUUGAGUUGACAGUGCUGGUAAUUAGCAUGUAUGGAGCCUGAGCUGUUUCCAGGCACUAUACUGAAAGAUUUAUGUUCAUGAUCUUAAUUAUUCCCAGUCCCUAUAAAGAAGGUACUGUUACCCCCAUUUUACAGUUGAAGGAAAUGAGUCUUACAGAGGGAGAGUAACUUGCCCCAGGUCACACAGGUAGUAAAUGGCAGAGAGGGCCUCCACCCAGGCCUUUCUGACCUUGGAGCCCAUGUAGUCCAUUCAUUCAUUCAUUUAUUCAUUCGUUCAACAACAUGAUUGUCUACAACAUUCCAAGCACUGUUCUAGACCCAGGGGAUACGACAAAAAAAAAAGCAAAAAUUCCUGCCUUCAGCUUACAUUCAAAUUUGGGGAGGUAGAGAAAAAAAUAAUAAAUAAAAUAUACAGUACGCUAUAUGGUAAUAAGGACUGUGGAGAAAAAGAAAGCAAGGCAGUCAGCUAAGAAGCGUUGGGAGCAUUUUAAAUAGAGCAAUCAAAGAAGGCCUCAUUGAGAAGGAGACCAAAUUUUUAGGUUGAGUAGCAAACAGCCCCCCAAAUCUCAGCAUAUCAACCCAAGAAAACUUUUAUUUCUCAUAUAGAAAAGUUCCAAUGUGGCUGCUCCUGGUUAAGCAGGCAUCCUUCCUGGUGGUUAUUGAGGGACCCACACUUCUUCUACCUUGUGGCUCUGCCCUCUUCAAGGCCCUCAGAUUCCUUUCCAUUCAGCUGGAGGGUGAGGAAAGAGAGAGGACUUUGUGGGGAGGUUUUUAUGGGCCAGUCUGGAAGAAGCAUGCAUUCCUCCCACCCAGAACUCAGUCACACUCAGUGUACUCCUGACCGCAAGGAGGGCUGGGAAAUGUAGUCCAGCCAUGUGCUCACAAGGUAAAAAAAAAGAGUUUUGGUGAACUCAUAGUGUAGUGGUGAAUGAGGGGAAGAAGUGAGUCGUGGGUUUAACUGGGAUAGAGCAUUAGGCAUGGGAACAGCAAGUAAAGGUGGCUAAGGUGGCUGGAGUGGAGCGAGGAGAAGAUGAGGACAUGGUGGAAAGUGAAGGCAGGGAAGUGAGGGGGGCCAGGCCAUUAAGGUCAUUGUCGGACUUGGUUGCAUUGUGAGCGACUGAUCUGAGUUGCAUCGUGAAAGGCUCACCAUGACUACUGUGUUGAGGGAGGACUCAGGGAGAGAAGUCGAGUCUGUUGCCGUUCGUUAUCCAGUGAGUGGUGAGAGCAGCCAGGUCCAGAGUGGUGGUGAUGGUGGAGGUGCGGAGAAGUGUUGGAUUUGAGAUCUAUUCUGAAAGUGGAACAACAGGCUUUGCUGCGGGAUUGGUGGUGGUGUGUGACAGAAAGAAAGGAAUUGGGAUAGUUCUGAGAUUUUUGGCUUUUGCUUAAUGACUAUUAGGCUCACUCUCUACCCGCAGAAGUAAAAAGAGGGGGAAAGUUUUUGAAAAAAGAUAUCUGGACACCCUCUGGGCCCUGAUGUAUCUCGCGUAGCCUCUUCUCCUCCACAGUACUUUAGCACAGAUGGGCAAUUCUUUUCCACAACUGAGCUUUCAGACAGAGGGAGGACAUCUGUAGCUCCUCCCAGCACAGAGCCUGGAUGGAACAACUUUGGCAAUGGUCUCACAUCAUUGCCUGGGAUCUUUGGACUGAGUCUUGGGGCCCCUUGGACUGAUGUGGAAGGGACCCAGUGUCCCCCUGGGUAACCAAGAGAUAACCUGCAGAGGCCACUUCCAAUCCAUGCUGUGUGUAAUGUAAGAAUAUAAGUGUGUUUGGGAGUGGAAGCGGAAGCAGUUUUCCUGGUUCUUACUUGGCAAUCAUGACCCGCCAAGGCAGAAAUGAGAGAUGGAAUUUUUUAGUAGAUGGCGCUCCCAUUAGGAGCAUAAGGGGAAGAAAGUCUGUCUUAAACAGAGCAGGGUAUGAGCUGUGGCAGCAAAUAUCGCAUGCCUACUAGGUGCUGGGCACUGGCUGGGUAUUUUGGUUUCAUUGGAGAGGGAAACAAAUGUAUUCUUCCUGCCCUCCGGACAGAGUAGACCCACGUGGCUAGAUCAUACAGUGAUUUGCUGGAAGAAAUUAUAUUUACACCUGAGUGUUUCUUUCAUUUUCUUUUCUUUUUCUUUUUUUAGUGAUUGUGAAUGGUACUGUAUUUUUAAUUUCAGUGUCCACAUGUUCAUUGCUAGUAUACAGAAAAACAAUUGAGUUUUUAUUUUGUAUCCUACAUCCUAGAUAAACUCACUAAUUAGUUGUAGGCUUUUUUUUUUUUGUAUAUUCCACAGGAUUUUCUAUCUAGACAAUCACAUAAUCUACAAAUACAGAUGAUUUCUUCCUUUCCAAUCUGUUUCAUUUCCGUUUGUUGCCUCUUGUGCUGGCUCUUUGCUGAGUAAGAGUGGUAAGAGUGGGCAGCAUUGCCUAUUCCUAAUCCUGGGGGGCAGCAUUCAGUCUUUCACCAUUAAGUGUAUGGUUAGCUGUAGAUGAUUUUUGCACAUGUCAUUUGCACUUUGUUGUAUGGGUGUGGGUGGGACCAUGGGGUUUUCUGUGGUGUUUGGCUGAUAUAGGGCAGUUACUAUCUAAAAGUUGUCUAUCUUGCUCGAGGCAGCAAGCUUUCGUUGGAGCCUUUUUCGUCUGUGCUUGUUGGCAUCUCCAGGUUCUUCCGUUCCAAGUGAGGCAAAAAGAAAAUGCAGGCCACUCACCAUGGUGUCCUUCCUCCGGGCCUGAGGCCCCUCACUGGUCUGCCUUCUUCACUCCACCUUUCAGAGUCCUCUCUUGUUUGUUUUACAUAUCACGUGCAGGGGUUUUUGUUGUGCACAGCAGGUGGAAUAGGGAAAGGUGUGUCUACUGCAUCCUCCUGGAAGUGGAAGUGGUUGGGAGAAAUUAGAGGAUUGGGUUGAAGCCAGUGUGUGAAGGGCCUUCACGCCAGGGGUUUGACUCUGUAGGUGGCAGGAGGGAUGUUGGAGGUUCAACUCUGCAGCAGUGUGGAAGGAUGGGGAGGGGAGUGGCAGAGAGACCCGGAGGCUGGUGCCUGGGCCCAGGGAGGUGAGGAUGCAUUUCUGGACUGCGACAGCAGACGUGGGGCAGAAAGGAAGAAGGGAGAGUCCAUGCGGGCCACAAGGAAGUCCGAGGACCAGGUGGUGCUGGCUAGAGUGCAUGCUUUUGGACCCAAGCUUAACUUUUCAAAUGUGGAAUGCUAGGCCUUCAUUGGUUUCUGGAAGAAGUUGACUGCCUGAAAGGAAGCGACAAAACAUGAAAAUUGCUUUGAGGUGACCAACAAGUCCAGUGGCCCCUUGCUUCUCCCAAGGUGGAUCUGGGGUUUAAGAACCGUAACUUCAGAUGAGGAAACUCGGGCCCAGAGAGUGGGAGUGACAGCCCCAGUCACGUCACUUGGAGCUGGACCCCGACAGCGGGCACUGCACGGCCACCUUCAACUGGGUUUGCAGUUGGAGUCCCUUGCAAGAGCCACCCUGGUCGUCCUCCACCUUAGAAGAGCACGUAGAAAUAAACGUGCCUCUGUGCCUCCUUGUACCUAUUCCAGACUCCAAUGGCCGAACAGAGAAUGGACAUUUCUUCAACUAUCAGCGACUUCAUGUCCCCAGGUGCCACCGACCUCCUCUCCAGCCCCCUGGGCACCGGUGGCAUGGAUUGCAACCGGAAACGCAAGGGCAGCUCCACGGACUACCAAGAAAGCAUGGACACAGACAAAGAUGACCCUCAUGGAAGGUUAGAAUACACAGAGCACCAAGGAAGGAUCAAAAAUGCAAGGGAAGCUCACAGCCAGAUUGAAAAGAGGCGUCGGGAUAAAAUGAACAGUUUUAUUGAUGAACUGGCUUCUUUGGUACCAACGUGCAAUGCGAUGUCCAGGAAAUUAGACAAACUUACUGUGCUGAGGAUGGCGGUUCAGCACAUGAAAACAUUACGAGGUGCCACCAAUCCAUACACAGAAGCAAACUACAAACCGACCUUUCUAUCAGAUGAUGAAUUGAAACACCUUAUUCUCAGGGCAGCAGAUGGAUUUUUGUUUGUCGUAGGAUGUGACCGAGGGAAGAUCCUCUUUGUGUCAGAGUCUGUCUUCAAGAUCCUCAACUACAGCCAGAAUGAUCUGAUUGGUCAGAGUUUAUUUGACUACCUGCAUCCUAAAGAUAUCGCCAAAGUCAAGGAGCAGCUCUCCUCCUCUGACACUGCACCCCGGGAGCGGCUCAUAGAUGCAAAAACUGGACUUCCAGUUAAAACAGAUAUAACCCCUGGGCCAUCUCGAUUAUGUUCUGGAGCACGGCGUUCUUUCUUCUGUAGGAUGAAGUGUAACAGGCCUUCCGUAAAGGUUGAAGACAAGGAUUUCCCCUCCACCUGCUCAAAGAAAAAAGCAGAUCGAAAAAGCUUCUGCACGAUCCACAGCACAGGCUAUCUGAAAAGUUGGCCGCCCACAAAGAUGGGGCUGGACGAAGACAGCGAACCAGACAACGAGGGGUGCAAUCUCAGCUGCCUUGUCGCCAUCGGACGCCUGCACUCUCACAUGGUUCCACAACCGGCGAACGGGGAAAUCAGGGUGAAAUCUAUGGAAUAUGUCUCUCGGCAUGCAAUAGAUGGGAAGUUUGUUUUCGUAGACCAGAGGGCAACAGCUAUUUUGGCAUAUUUACCACAAGAACUUCUAGGCACCUCAUGUUAUGAAUAUUUUCACCAAGAUGACAUAGGACAUCUCGCAGAAUGUCAUAGGCAAGUUUUACAGACAAGAGAAAAGAUUACAACUAAUUGCUAUAAGUUUAAAAUCAAAGAUGGUUCUUUCAUCACACUGCGGAGUCGGUGGUUCAGUUUCAUGAACCCUUGGACCAAGGAAGUAGAAUACAUUGUCUCCACCAACACCGUUGUUUUAGCCAACGUCCUGGAAGGCGGGGACCCAAGCUUCCCUCAGCCCACAGCAUCCCCCCGCAGCAUGGACAGCACGCUGCCCUCUGGAGAAGAUUCCUCUGUUGUAGGUGGCCCAAAGAGGACCCACCCCACUGUUCCAGGGAUUCCAGGGGGAACCAGGGCUGGGGCAGGAAAAAUAGGUCGAAUGAUUGCUGAGGAAAUCAUGGAAAUCCACAGGAUAAGAGGGUCAUCGCCUUCCAGCUGUGGCUCCAGCCCAUUGAACAUCACAAGUACACCUCCCCCUGAUGCCUCUUCUCCAGGAGGCAAGAAGAUUUUAAAUGGAGGGACUCCAGACAUUCCUUCCAGUGGCCUACUACCAGGGCAGGCUCAGGAGAACCCAGGUUAUCCAUAUUCUGAUAGCUCUUCUAUUCUUGGUGAGAACCCUCACAUAGGCAUAGAUAUGAUAGACAAUGAUCAAGGCUCAAGCAGUCCCAGUAACGAUGAAGCAGCAAUGGCUGUCAUAAUGAGCCUCUUGGAAGCAGAUGCUGGGCUCGGUGGUCCUGUUGACUUUAGCGACUUGCCAUGGCCGCUGUAAACACUACAUGUUGCUUUGGCGACAGCUACAGUAUCAAAGUGCAUUACUGAUGGAGUUAUACAGUCUGUGAAGCUUACCGGAUAAGGAGAGAACAGCUUUUAUGUACUGUCUUCAUAAAAGCCAUCUCAGAGCCAUUGAUACAAGUCAAUCUUACUAUGUGUAACUUCAGACAAAGUGGAACUAAGCCUGCUCCAGUGUUUCCUCAUCAUUGAUGAUUAUUGGGCUAGCUGUGGAUAGCUUGCAUUAAUUGUAUAUUUUGGAUUCUGUUUGUGUUGAAUUUUUUAAUCAAUCAUUGUGCACAGAAGCAUCAUUGGUAGCUUUUAUAUGCAGAUGGUCAUUUCAGAUGUAUGGUGUUUUUACACUACAAAGAAGUUCCCCAUGUGGAUAUUUCUUAUACUAAUUGUAUCAUAAAACCGUUUAUUCUUCCUUGUAAGAAUGAAUCCUUUACUAUAAAUAUGGGUUAAAGUAUAAUGUAUUAGUUAAAUAUUUUUAAUAAAUGUUUCCCUUGUUCUAUAAA